AUGUUCCUGCUGCGCUGCCCGCUGCUGCUGCUGCUGCUGCCACUCAGCUCCAGGCCCCAGAAGUUACCUACCAGAGAUGAGGAGCUCUUCCAAAUGCAGAUCCGGGACAAAGCAUUUUUUCAUGAUUCAUCAGUCAUCCCAGAUGGAGCCGAAAUUAGCAGCUACCUCUUCCGAGACACCCCUAAAAGGUACUUCUUUGUGGUUGAAGAGGACAACACUCCCUUAGCAGUGACAGUGACACCAUGCGAUGCCCCUCUGGAGUGGAAAUUGAGUGUGCAAGAGCUCCCGGAGGAAGCCAGCGGAGAAGGUUCAGGUGAACCAGAACCUCUUGAGCAACAGAAACAGCAGAUUACUAAUGAGGAAGGCACAGAGCUGUUCUCUUACAAAGGCAAUGAUGUUGAGUACUUUGUGUCCUCUAGUUCCCCGUCUGGUUUGUACCAACUAGAUCUGCUGUCGACAGAGAAAGAUACACAUUUUAAAGUGUAUGCAACCACUACUCCAGAAUCGGACCAACCUUAUCCUGAAUUACCUUACGAUCCCAGAAUAGAUGUCACUUCUCUGGGACGUACAACAGUGACACUGGCGUGGAAACCAAGUCCCACCGCCUCCUUACUGAAACAGCCAAUUCAGUAUUGCAUAGUCAUGAAUAAAGAACACAACUUCAAAAGCCUCUGUGCUGUUGAAGCCAAGCUCAGCUCUGAUGAUGCCUUCAUGAUGGCUCCAAAACCAGGUCUGGAUUUCAGUCCAUUUGACUUUGCCCAUUUUGGUUUCCCCUCAGACAACAACUCUGGCAAAGAACGUGGUUUCCUAAAAUCAUCAUCAAAGUUUGGGCGCCAAACAUCCUCAAAGCCGAGAGCUGACCUGCAUAAAGUCUGUAUCGGGAACAAGAACAUCUUCACGGUGUCAGAUCUGAAGCCCGAUACACAGUACUACUUUGACAUGUUCGCAGUAAAUACCAACACUAACAUGAGCACCGCAUACGUUGGCACCUUUGCCAGAACGAAGGAGGAGGCUAAACAGAAGACAGUCGAACUGAAGGAUGGCAAAGUUACAGAUGUAUUCAUCAAGAGAAAGGGAGCCAAAUUUCUACGUUUUGCUCCCGUUUCAUCUCACCAAAAAGCCACCUUCUCUGUUCAUUCAUGCCUGGAUGCUGUUCAGAUCCAAGUUAGAAGAGAUGGAAAACUUCUCUUGUCUCAAAAUGUGGAGGGUGUGCGGCAGUUCCAGCUUCGGGGAAAAGCAAAAGCUAAAUAUCUCAUUAGGCUGAAAGGAAGCAAAAAAGGGGCUUCUGUGCUGAAGAUUCUGGCUACAACAAGGCCUAACAAGCAGUCAUUUCCUUCUCUUCCUGAAGAUACACGAAUCAAAGCCUUUGACAAGCUCCGCACGUGUUCUUCAGUCACGGUGGCAUGGCUGGGCACACAGGAGAGAAACAAAUUCUGCAUCUACAAAAGGGAAGUGGAUGACAAUUACAACGAAGAGCAGAAGAAAAGAGAGCAGAACCAGUGCUUGGGUCCAGAUACGAGGAAGAAAUCAGAAAAGGUUCUCUGUAAAUACUUCCACAGCCAGAACAUCCAGAAAGCAGUGACCACAGAGACAAUCAGAGGCCUGCAACCUGGCAAGUCUUACCUGCUGGAUGUUUACGUGAUAGGGCACGGCGGGCAGUCCGUGAAAUAUCAGAGCAAACUGGUGAAAACGAGGAAGUUCUGUUAGUGCUCCUGUACAUAAAAAUAUAUGGACCUCC